ACAGCUGAGAGAAAAAGGGAGCCAGUGAGGAAAAAAGAGACGGACUGAACUCUGUCCUACAAGAGGAAGAAGCUCCGGCAGACCGCCGUUUUUUUAUGCUAACACUGGCUUUGACAACAAAAACCUGACAUUGACAUGUUGUCCUCUUCAUCGAGACACAUUCAUGAGAUGGACAUUUACCAGGCAGGACGUAUGGAAAUUUGUGGUUCUUACGUGAAGAGAAGAAGGCAUGACAGCGAACAGUCGGUCUCUAGUGGAACCAGCAGCUGUUCGCCCGCUCUGGAGUACACCGAUCUGGAGGCAGCUGAAGCUCUGGUGUGUAUGAGCUCUUGGGGACAGACGGUCUUCCUCAGCGGCAACAAGCCCAGGCCCCUCACCCCGGCUUCUGACUCCUGCGACUCUCUCCUCCCACUGGAGCUCCCAGAACCCCCGAAGGACUUUGUGUCCCUCUCCUCUCUGUGCAUGACUCCCCCGCACAGUCCCAGCUUUGUUGAGACCUUAUCAGGCACCACGGUCCAGUCGAGCCCUGGCUUGGCUGGGUCCACACAACACUCUGGAUCUAAGCUCCAUCAACGCAACCUGGCACCCUCCGCUGACAAGACCCCCUCCCUUCCUGCUCCACCACAGCGCUGCCGAGCCAUGGCGACCAGUGUCAUUCGCCACACCGCAGACAGAAACCUCUGCCAACACCACAUUCCAGCGGCCCUCGGUUCAGAGAAAGCCAUAUACGCAAAAACGGAUCGAGUCAUCUGCAAGCAGCGGCAGCAGGAAUGUUUUGCAAACACGGUGCAGAUGACCACACCUCCGUCUCUUGCUGAUUGUCUUGUGCCUUCAGAACCAGAGCCCUCACACAGUCCCUCAAAACCCUGUUUGGACAGUGUCUCCACCUCCACUUUUGUCAACACACAGCUACAAAACAGCCCACCCACUGCCACAACACCCACAACCCUGUCCCCUCCUCCUGUGACCAGCCCUCAAAUCAUCUGCCAGAUGUUCCCCGUCUGCAGCCAAUCGGGUAUAAUCUCAGCUUUCAUCCCCAGUGCAGUUCAGGCCUCCAGCACUGGAAUUAGGACUGCUUCCACACCCAUUCUCCCCCAGCCUGCUGCAGCUAACGCACCCCCUGUCCAGCAGUCCCUGAUUGUGGGCUCAGCUGUGCCCCAGGGGACUGUAAUGCUGGUCCUCCCCCAGUCCUCUGUGUCUCAGGCACCUCACUGCCCUCAGACUGUCAUGACUCUGGGCAACACCAAGCUGCUACCUCUGGCCCCAGCUCCUGUGUACAUGCCGGCGGGGUCCAACGGCAGCGCAGCAGUAACAAAAAUGGACUUUUCCCGCAGGAGGAACUACGUCUGCAACUUUCCAGGCUGCAGAAAGACUUACUUCAAGAGCUCGCAUCUCAAGGCUCACCUGCGAACACACACAGGCGAGAAGCCCUUCAGCUGCAGCUGGGAAGGAUGUGACAAGAGGUUCGCACGCUCUGACGAGCUCUCCCGGCACCGCCGAACGCACACCGGCGAGAAGAAGUUUGUCUGUCCCGUAUGCGACCGGCGAUUUAUGCGCAGCGAUCAUCUAACCAAACACGCCCGCCGUCACAUGACCACAAAAAAGAUUCCUACCUGGCAGGCGGACGUUCGCAACCUGAGCAAAAUGGCUGCUGGAAAAACUCCUCCCUCUAAGCCCGCCAUUGCUACCUUGAGCGUGUUGGUACCUGCUGUCUCCAAGUAAACAACGAACAAAUGCCAUCUUAUUCACUCCCAAAAUACCAGAGGGAUGAAGGGAGCAGCCAAGCACAAAAAAACUGCUCCUCUUUACUCAUUGGGAUAAAAAACAACAAAAAGAAGCACUGGACUGUUCCUGCUCUACUGCUCAUUUGUACACGUGUUUUCCCUAAAAGAUUCUUAGUUUACUUUUUUUUAUUAUUCAUAAUUUGUCUUGCCAAAGCCUUGUAAGAAGUUGGUCUUUGACAUUUCCCUUUCUUUGCCUCCCCUA